AUGUGGAGUCUGCUCUGCGUCCUUAUCGGCAUAUCAUAUGCUGCCGAGGUCUGUUUUGAUGAGCUGGGCUGCUUUACCAACCUGCCUCCCUGGGGGGGCACUGAGCAGAGACCAGUGUCCGUCCUGCCCUGGCAGCCAGACGCGAUCGGCACUCGCUUCCUCCUCUUCACCCAGAAGAACCGCUACUACCAGGAGAUCAAGACUGACGAAACCAUCCAUGCAUCAAACUACGGCAAGACCAGAAAGACUCGAUUCAUCAUUCCUGGUUAUUUGAAGGCAGGCGGUGAGGACUGGCCCCAGGAGAUGUGUAAGGUUAUGCUGAAGGUCGAGAAUGUGAACUGCAUUGCUGUGGAGUGGAAGAAAGGCGUGAAGACUCAGUACGCCCAGGCGGCCAAUAACGCCAGAGUGCUGGCGGCCCAGGUGGCCUUCAUGAUCCAAUUCCUCAAGGUGAACUUCAGCCAAACCAGUGAUACGUUCCACAUCAUCGGACACAGCCUUGGAGCUCACGCUGCAGGAGACGCUGGCAGCAGGACACCUGGCCUCGCACGCAUCACAGGACUAGACCCCACUGAACCCUACUUCCAGGACACUGAUGCCUCCGUACGCCUGGACACCAGCGACGCCGCCUUUGUGGAUGUCAUUCACACUGAUGGAAGUCCUUUCAAGUCCAAACUUGGUCUGGGCUUGUCUCAGUCUGUGGGCCACAUUGACUUCUACCCCAACGGGGGGGAGCUGAUGCCCGGCUGCUCCGCCAACAACGGCCUUCCCUCCAGCUUAGAUGCCUUCUGGGAGGGUACCAAGAAGUUCGAUGCCUGCAACCACGCCCGGGCCUACGAGUACUACAGCGAGAGCUUUUAUAAACGCCAAGGCUUUGUAGCAUACCCCUGCCCCAACGAGGAUAGUUUUGCUGCUGGAAAGUGUUUCCCAUGUGCAGACGACACAUGCCCUCAGAUGGGCUACUACGCUGACAGGUUCACGGUGACUAAUGGCGUUUCAGAGACAAAGUACUUCCUCAACACGGGCAGUUCACAGCCCUUUGGCCGUUACAGCUACAAAGUGAAGGUAACCCUAGACGGUCCCAGCUGGCCUAACCCAGGCUUCAUGUAUGUGGCACUCGCUGGAGACAAUGACAGCACCAAGGAGUACAAGCUUCAUAGUGGUACACUGAAGCCUGGACGCACCUAUGAGCUGCUGAUGGACGCCGAGGUGGACAUCGGGGAGGCUACAGAGGUGAUGUUUCGGUGGAACAACCACGUCCUUAACCCCUUGAGACCCAAGUACGGUGCAUCCGAGGUGGAACUGCAGAGGGGAAGAGAUAACAAGAUUGUCUUCUUCUGUGGAAUAGAGAAGGUGGCCGAGGACACGAUCCAGCACGUGCUCCCAUGCUGAGCGUAACCAGCCACAAUAAGUGCUCAGGGUUAUUUAGGGUUUUUCAGUAAAGUUGUAGCAUUCAAACCUCGUCAGCCCUCUCAUU